AUGGAGGAAUUGUCACUGAAGGACUUGAAAGCCGUUCUUGACGAUAAUGAACUUGAUUUGAGUAUGCGUCAACUCACUGUUAUACCGACUAGAGCACUGGCCAAACUACCACGUGCCACUCAUAUUGACUUCUCGAAUAAUCAGAUUUUGACAAUUCCACCGGAAUUUUGCCUAUUGACGCAUAUCACAAAACUGGAUCUGAGCAACAAUCGUAUUGUUCAUUUACCAAAUGAUUUCGGAAAACUCGUUAAUCUCGAACAUCUUGAUCUUUACAAAAAUUCCAUCGAGGUUUUGCUUUUCGUUUUAAUUGGUCCGAGGAUGCAAAAACAGUCUAAAGAGACACCAAAUCGGACUUAUGCGCCUAAUAAACCAACGUCUCAGUCUUGUCUUUCCAGAGUGUUUGGGUUGAUACGUAAACUUAUGAUGCUGUUGGUGAUCGUUACGCUGGUUGGUAUUGCGCUCUCUUCAUUUAUCAUAUUUGAUAACUGCUCUCAAGAAUCACACCAUUGGAUUCCUUCGUCGCAGCCGUUCUGUGACGAUUUACAUAAAUUGAUUCAACAUCGUAAGUAUGGUUGCUCAACCGUAUGUUUCCUCAUCUUGUACAGCAUUAGUCGUAAAAAUGAAAAUUUUCUUAAGGUUAACCAUGAUCAUUUAGUGGUAUUUCAGUUAUCUACUACAUUCACCAAAAAUUUGUAUCAAACGUUGUCAUCGAUGGGUUGGGUUUAUAUGGCAAAAUUACGUGAAGUGCAAUCAGAUAUAGAGGAAGGUGGAUUCAUCGAAAAGAUACAGUACUAUUGCAGUUCGUUUUAUACGAAAUUAGUUGCCGUAGCUUUUGUGGUCCAGAAGUACGCUUCUGAAUGGUUUGCCGUAUUACAAAAGUGGUAUUCGGAGAAUGCGUCUGAUUAUGUGGCAGAUUUCGUUGACAACGUUGUUAUUGCACUCAAAAUGUUACUCAUCAUUUUCUCAGAUUUUGCCGUUUUCAUCGUUGAGAAAGGUUCAACGGCCAUAAUGACGUUAAGUGAUAACGUAGUCUAUUAUAUGGAACAUCGUGACGAACUGUUAAGGACAAUAGAGCAUUGGUGGAUCAAUCUGAAGUGA